GAACUGUCGAGCGGAAUGGUGAUCACAAAAGUUGGUGUGUGUUCGUUGAACCAGUGGGCAAUGGACUUCGAAGGCAACCGUGUUCGUAUCCUCAAAAGUAUGUCUGAUCAAGACAUGUUUUGUUUUUCGGCGGAAAAUGGGGCUCGGAUUCGGGUCGGUAGCGAGCUCGAGGUGUGCGGUUACGGGUGCAAAAGCCAUUUUCUCGAAGCGGAUACAUACUUUCACGCCUGGCAGGUGGUAGCUUCAAUUAUGUGUUCCGACUUCUGCGAGGGAAUGCUGGUUGUCAUCGGAAUGCAUAUUCUGUUGAUACGCCCUAGUCGAUUCAUUUCUAACAGCCGAGGUUAUACCGAACAUCAGUGGUUUUCGACAUGGAAUCGUCCAGGCGAGACAGAAGAGUUUUUCUUACCGGACUUCAUCGAGCAACACUCGGUUCCUCUUUUCGGAGACGCUGUUUUGUGUUUCAAAGACGUCAGCGUUGCGUUUCAAACCGGUAGCGAAUUUCUGCAUCCUGAAGGUUCUUACCUCUGGUCAGACUCUAGCUCUGCCGAUAUAUUUUGCGUUUCCGCCGCCGUGCCACAUUAUCUAAGUGGAUACGAGCAUUUGACAAACACCGUUGUUCACGGAUAUCCCGGCAGGUAUGGCGGAGUUCUGCUGUUCUCAAAUCAGCUGGGCUGCGAUGGCGACCAGGAUUAUUUCGAUGGCGGGUCGAUAAUUGUUGUCAACAAUAACGUCGUUUCGUCCACUGACCGGUUUUCGAUGGCUGACUUGAUAAGUGUGAUGCUGUUUAGCGUGUCCUCUUCUUUUAGACUGGGCUCGGCAUCUUGGUUGUGGCAGUACCUUCGAAGAAGUGGGCACAAUGGCUUUUUUCUGCCGUUGAGUGGCGGUAAAGACAGUUCUGCCGUUGCUUGUAUCGUCUCCACUUUGUGCGGGUUGUUGUGUCAGGCAGUUAACCUUGGUGAAAGUGAUGUACUGAAUGAUAUACGUCGAAUCGUUGACGACCCCUCAUAUUCGCCGCAAGACGCCCGGGAACUUUGCAAUCGUCUGUUCGUGACCUGUUACCUUGCGACGGAAAAUUCUUCUUCCAUAAGUCAAGCAAAUUCUUCGGCUCUCGCUGCCGACAUUGGAAGGGGCUUAGCUUCUUACCUAGUCGGUUGCCCCAAUUAUCUAGUGAGAUUGGAGAAUGGAAAGAAUCGAGGUUGCGGAUCGACUGCUCGGAGCGUCGAACGCAUAAUCGGCAAAUUUUACCAUUCUAUAUUCAGUCAUCACUUGAAUAUCAACAUCAAUAGCGCUGUGAAAGCCGUUUUGGACAUUUUCACUGGUGCCUUCAAUAAGCUACCUCGGUUCCGCUGUCAUGGCGGAGAAAGUCGUGAAAAUUUGGCAUUACAGAAUGUUCAGGCGAGACUGCGUAUGGUAAUCACUUAUCUGUUUGCUCAGUUGACCCUCUGGGCACAGUCACGUAGCGGUUCUUUGCUUGUGCUUGGAUCAGCAAAUUGCGAUGAAUCCUUACUCGGUUACAUGACCAAAUACGAUUGUUCAUCUGCUGACGUGAAUCCUAUCGGAUAUUUCAGCAAGAAACAGCUUACUUCCUACCUCCAGUUUUGCGAAAUUAAAUACGAAUAUGAAAGUCUCAAGCGCAUUAUUGAAACGCCUCCAACCGCGGAGCUGGAGCCCCUUUCAGGUGGUAGUUUGGUGCAGACUGAUGAGGUAGAAGAUAUGGGAAUCACCUAUGAUGAGCUGUCUGCUUUGUCCGUUUACAGAAGGCCAGGUUUUUAUGGUCCGUAUUCAACGUUCUGUAAAUUUCUUGCCGCGUCUCAGGGAAAGGCAUCCCCUUCUCAGGUGGCCGUGAAGGUAAAGCACUUUUAUCGUCGGUACGCUAUCAACCGCCACAAAAUGACAGUCGUGACGCCGUCAUACAGGGCUACGUUGUUGUGCCCUGAUGACAGCAGACCAUUUCUGUAUAACGUGCAGUGGCCAUGGCAGUUUCGCCAGAUUGAUGAUAAGGUAGGCGGCGCUAACCAGAGGAAACACCAGUACUUUUUGUGUUUGUUACAGGUCAAACAGUUAAAGGACAGUUUUCAACUUUGA